CCCGAGGCGCUGCAGUCGCUGCGGCGCUCCACGCGGCAUAGCUCCAACUGCGACCGGCUCUCGGAGAGCAGCGCCUCCCCCCAGCCCAAGCGCCGGCACCUCGACACCCCCGCCUCCAUGCCAAAGCUCUUCUUGCACCUGGAGAAAAAAACCCCUGUCCAUAGUGGAUCAUCUUCCCCUAUAACUUUGACUCCUAGCAAAGAGGGGAGUGCAGUUUUUACUGGCUUUGAAGGUAGAAGAAACAAUGAAUUGAAUGAGGUUUUGUCCUGGAAGUUGAUGCCAGACAAUUAUCCACCAAGUGAUCAACCACCACCUCCCUCAUAUAUCUAUGGAUCUCAACACUUGCUACGGAUGUUUGUAAAACUACCAGAAAUACUGGGGAAGAUGAGCCUUCCUGAGAAAAACCUAAAGGCUUUAGUGAAACACUUUGAAAUGUUCCUGAGGUUUUUAGCAGAAUACCAUGAUGAUUUCUUCCCAGAAUCUGCUUAUGUAGCUGCUUGUGAAGCCUACUACAGUACUAAAAAUCCUCGGGCAAUCUACUAAAGCUAUUAAAAAAGAUUAAAUCCUACUACAUGUAGCCCAUGACAGUGCUAUUUUGCCACAUGGCUACAAGAUGAAGGUGAAAAAGAAAUGAAAACAACUUCUGGAGUUGAAGAAAUAGGGUAAUAUCUUCUGUCCUGGUUGGAUUACUGUAGGAAUGGAGAACUUGUUUUCAGAGUUGUGUAUAGACUGUGUUUUGGGUUGCUUAGAAGGAUUGUGUAUAACUCCAGCUCCAGAUGAAGGAAGAAGCCUUGUUCUGUCUCGCUAAUGCAUAGGACUGCAUAGGACUACUAAAGAGGAAGGGAGGCAAAAGCAGAUGCAUUAGCAACAGGACGUUUUC